AUUUUUGGUACUUUAAAAAUUAAUCAUCACCCAUAGGAAGAAAUUGUAAAAAUUAUAAAUUAUAUUAGACAGAUAUAUUUUAGAGCAAGGGUUUUUCAAGAAAAAGGGACAAUGUCGCAUAGAACAGGAAUUAAAUCUAAUGCUGAUCUCUUGAAAUUCUUUGGAAAAUGUAAAGACGGCAAAACCCGACUUGUGAAAGUUUCAAUUGAAAACGAGGAAUUAACACUUGUAAGUCAUAAAGAAGUGAAGAAAGAUUGGGAGAAGGAUUUUGACAAAUUAAUUCAACCUGAAAUUGAAGACGAUGUUCCCUGUUAUAUUCUUUAUCGUUUGGACACGAAAACAGCUGAAGGUGCAUAUGCGUGGAUGCUCAUAUCUUGGAUUCCCGACAUUUCAACAAUCCGCCAAAAGAUGAUUUACGCUUCAACAAAAAGCACUUUAAAGUUAGAAUUUGGAAGUUCUUACUUAAAAGAGGAAUAUCAUGCAACAUCACUGGAAGAAAUCACUUUUACUGGUUAUCAAAAGAAUAAACUUUCAAUGGCAGCGCCAACUCCACUAACAAGACAAGAAGAAGAAAGAAACGAGUUGCGUCGGACCGAAGUGAAAACAGAAGUUGGUGUAGACACACGACAUCAAACGCUUGGUGGUAUUAAUUGUCCAAUAAGCGAAGCUGCGCUUCAAGCAAUAAAUGAUCUUAAACGAGGCUCAUAUAAUUAUUUACAAUUUAACAUUGAUCUUGAUAAAGAAGAAAUUCAUAUCGCUAAAGCUGAAAAUAUUGAUGUUCAUAAGUUGAAAGCACUUGUACCGAUUGAUCAUGCAAGAUUUCAUGUCUUCCUAUUUAAACACUCAUAUGAUGGCGAUUGGGUGGAAAGUCUUGUGUUCAUUUACAGUGUGCCUGGAUAUAAUUGUUCAGUGAAAGAAAGAAUGUUGUAUUCAUCAUCAAAAGCUCCAUUUUUAGAGACUCUUCAAGGUCUUGGAAUAGACAUCACGAAAAGACUCGAAAUUGAUGAUGCAUCUGAAGUGUCUGAAGAAAAUCUUAUUGAUGAAAUUCAUCCGAAAAAGAUGCUUCACAAGACACAAUUUGCGAAACCAGCACCUCCAAGCAAAAAUCGUGGUCCAAGAAGACUGAUAAAAUAAAAUUGCAUAAUUAUGAUGUGCAUAACUUUUGAUUUCAAUCAAAACAUUAAUCAAAAUUUUCAGUUGAACAUAAAAUUGUUAGUUUCAAUUUUUAAUUAUCUUAUUUCUUUUUAUUUUUAUUCUUUAAAGUUUUUAUUUAUAGCCAGUUGUAUUAUAAUUUAUUUUAUUACAAUGCAUUUUAUCUCUUUUUUUAUAAUAUUCGCAUUGAUUUCGCAUAAUUGUAACAUCAAGUUAAAGGAAUUUUGAAACAAAAUUUAUAUUUAAGACAAAUAAUGUCUUGCCAAGUUAAUUCAUUUAAGGAAAGAAAGAAACACCAACGAGUGAUUGACAAUCGAAAGAGAAUUGAUUUCAAUUUAAGAUUUUUUGCAUACUUUAUAUAAUUGUGUAGAUUGAUUUUGCUUCAAUAAAUUCUCGAGUGAUCUUUACAA